AUGGACGAACUAAAUCAACUGUUCAGAGAAAUGAAAACUGAAUUUAGCUAUAAAUUAAGUUCGAUUGAAGCACGCAUUACAUCUUCAGAAGAAAUUAUAACUUCCCAGAUCACUGCCCAUAUGAAUCAAAAAUUUGAAGGUCUUAAUAAAGAUUUGGAAUACUUACAAUCCGAGCUUGAAAACCAGGAGAAAAGAAUAAGUGCCAUAGAAAAACAUAACAUGCAGAGAAAUUUAGUGUUUUUUGGAGUAGAGCAAAACGAUAAAAGAGAGUCUUACUUCCAGCUUCAAGACAAAAUAUUAGACAUAAUAAAUAACCAAAUGAAAAUAAAGACAGAACGCUUCGAAAUACAAUCCGUCAAAAGAUUUGGAAAUAUAGAGAAAAAACCUAGACCAAUCUCUGUUUGCCUAACAACGCUGGGUAAAAAAAUACAGUUAUUGAAAAAUAAGAAAUUUUUAGUAGGUUUAAACAUUCGUGUUCAGGAAGAAUUCCCCAAAAAAGUUCUUGACGUAAGGAGAGACUUAAAAAUCAAACAAAAAAUGGAAAUUGAAAAGGGAAACAUAGCCUACAUAAAAUAUGACAAACUUAUUAUUAAAGAUAAAAAAGAACUCACCCAUAACAAGAGAGUGUUGUCAGAAUCUCCAGAACACAUAUCCCCUAACGAAAAUAACUACACACAAAAGAAAAAAUCGCACAAAAAAUAUAGAGCAAACUCCAACUCUAUAACUUCAUACAUGGUGCGACCCGAAAUGGCAUGA